GGUCCUUGGAUGUGCCUUAAAAUACUGCUCAAAGUGCGGAAUCGCACCCCUUUGAUCUUCAAAAUCGCGUAUUUUUGCUGUCAGCACUCAUUUGUGGCGCAUAUAUGCGAACAGUCAACCCACAGGAGAAAUGCAAUCAUCGUCUUAUUUGCACAAUAUCCAGGCUAUCAACCAUUCCUCUGCAGCAACAUCACAGACGACUUGAAAAUAUUCGUUCGAUUUCGAAAUCUCGCAGCCGUAUCGAACUACCUCAUAUUAAACAGCGUAUGUUCCUUUGUUUAGUGUGGGUCCGACCGUGCGAUGAGCUGACGAAAUAUGAUAUAAGGUAUUAUACGCAUCUGCAUCAAGCUGUGGGCGUCGGAUGCUCCCUUCUUAUCCUGGUCGACGUAUACUUUCUCAUUCGCAAUGUGGCGUUUCCGUUCACUCCGGCCCAACCCCACUCGAAACCGAUCCCAACAUCUGGUGUCUCUCCAGCGCAAACUCUGAGUAACCAAGCCUCCGAGCCUCCCGAAUCAUACGAGAAUCGAGACCAAGAUUGCGCUGGUGAUCAUAUACACUGAUUAUCGGUCACACAUGUGCCCAUUCAAGAGACGUCGUACAUAAGACUUCGAUUCAACACGUUUCAGCAGAUAUAACCCAAGUUUGGCCCCAUCGGUAUCACGACACAUGGUCCAAGAA